GUCGACAGAAUUCCACGUCUUCUCCCAGAGCUAUGGCUUCUUUUUCGUCACCAGCAGUCCGAGGUACCCGCUUUCUAAUGGGGAAGUCGAGCGUAUGGUGCGGACGGUUAAGGAACUCUUCAAGAAGUCUCCGGACUGGCGUUUGGCCCUCUUGGCAUACUGCAGUGCACCUGGCGUGACCGGGUACAGCCCUGCUCAGCUGCUCAUCGGGUGCAGCCUCAGGACUCGCCUUCGGGUCCCAGCGACCGCGUUGCUUCCAGAACCGCCUAACGCUGUCGACUUCCACCAGCAUGACACUGCCCAACGACGUCGCCAGCGUCAAGAUUUUGACCGUCAACAUGCUGCACAAGAUUUACGGCCCCUGGAGGAGGGAGAAAGAGUGUGGCUUCGCGACACAGAUUGUGUUGGCACUGUUCUUAGCCCAGCGCAGCGUCCAUGCUCCUAUGUGGUCCAGACGGAUGCAGGUGUUCUUGUCUGCAACCGGAGACAUCUGGUUCCGCAGCAGUCUCCGUCAUCACGGGGUCUAUACCUCGGCAGUUCCAGUCCACGGACACCAGGAUCCGAAAGCCUGCCACAGACACCAACUCGCCCAGAGCCUGUGUGCAGCAGUCCAACUUCCAGGGCACUUACUCCUCUACCAGUUGCAUCGCCACCGGUUGCCCCAGCUCCUCCCUCAAGACAGCCUGUGUCGGUUGUGCGCACUCGGUCUGGACGUUGUGUUAGGCCACCGGUGCGGCUGAACUUGUAGGACGUGCCAAGAGACAUUUGUCACUACGUUGCUUGCAUACCUGAGAGUGAGGGGUUGCUUUCUGUUACUUUCCCAAAAGGGGGGAUGUAGAGGGCGCGAGUGCCAAGCCGAAUAUGAGGCGCCCUCAAUAGGAUUUAGUAGAUAAAGGCUGUAGUGACAUUAAACGGGGGCACUUCUGCUGGGGACUCGGAGCGUCUGUUUUUACUCCGCGGCCCUCGGGCUUCAGCCUGCCUCCUCGGCCGCCUCGGCUCGAACCCUCCCACCACACUGGCUAUCGUUAAGAAUGUCGAGGUCGCUAGUUACUCUUGCAUUGCAGUUAGGUCGUGGCGU